CGACAGUGAACCGAAACGGCAACACCCGAGGAGGACAAAACCUGUGUCUGUCUGUUAUCAUCACGGCAGCGAAACAGGACAAUGAGACGUAUUAAAAACAGCACAGUCUGAGCUUUUAGUGUCUGCAUAUUUCACGCCAUGAUCGCCGGUGAAGGAGACGUUGUCUGCAGUUUGGUCCAAGAUGAGCGGCGGCAGUAAACGAGAGAGGGAGCAGAGGAGGAAACUGCAGCAUUUUCUGAACGACCUGGCUUUACUUGGAUCAUUACAGGGCUUUAAAUACUUCCAGCCUUGGCUCAGAGGGAAAGAGGAGCUGCUGCUGACAGUCGUUAAUGAGGAUCUGGGCUGGCGCUCCCCGGGUUUCGUGGUCUCCAGGGCCUCCUCCUACACCUCCAGCAGCAGCAGCGAUGGCUCCCCCAGCAGCAGCUCCCCCAGCGUGGACAGCCGCAGCAGCUCGCCCCUGCCUGGGGAGCCUCCGGGCCCACGAGACCCUCCGGCGCACACUCACACCAAGACGCAGCCACAGACUGGAAGGGACCCCAGCAGUGAGGAGCAUCUCCUCCCAGCUUCUCCCAGUGAAAGAGAGAUCGCGGUGCCUGAGGUGAACUGCACUCUGUUUUUACUGGCCGGCUACGUCAAGUACGGACGCCCCUACGCCUGGAUACGCUCCAACCACGAGCGCCUGGUCAACAUCGGGGGCACGGAUUCGAUGGUCAAGGACACGCCCAUGAAACUCAAGUCCAUCGCAGACUGGCAGACACGAGGUAUUCGUGUUUGGGACAUCAUCAGUGAACUGGUGUGUUUGUGCACCGUUCCUUCUCCCUCCAACCCCUUCGCCCUCGACAUGCGUUACAUCAAAAGCCUUCCCCUCCCCGACCGCUUCCUCGUUACAGGCGCUCUCCUAAACUUCCUGGAGAUGUAUGUCGUUUACGGAAACCGAGACGAGAUGCACUAUGACAAAGUGGUCGAGGAGGUGAAGCCUCUGAGGCGUCUUCACGUCCAGUCUCUGCUGGAGUUACAGCGACACAGAGAGAGCUCCGAGUCGAGCGGCACUCCAACAGUAAAGGACUCCUCUGGAGAAGAGUGACUGUUAUGAUUUGCAUCCAGACGAGAUAUGGCUGCACUUUUAUUGGCUUUUUUUUUAAUAGAAAAAGACAGCAAAUAGGUUCAAAUGUGUGAAUCUCAUCAGGAGGACUGAAUUUAGGUCAUUUUUUGUGAUGUUUUUUUGUUUAAAGAAGGCUCUAGCUCUUUCUCGUAUUGUGUACACACUCGGGAUGGGCACGAAAACUCAAGUACUCGAUUUAGACGUUAGUAAUCUUUCAGUGUACACAGUCACAGCCCAACCUCCCACAUGUGAACAUGACUUUUUUUUAUUUCACUACAUAAAAUGCAGUGCAGUGUAUUGUGGCUCUUUCUUGAAACUACCACUCCACUACUACUUCCCAAAACUUAUUCCACAUGCACAAACACAGCCAAAAUUGGCAAAAAAUGAAGAAUGAAAAGC